UGAGAGUUUUUGGAGUCAGAAUCCAUCUCUAAUCCCCUCGAAUCGUUGCCAAUUUCAAGGGCAAAUAUCCCUCCGAAGUGUAGAUCUUGAUUGUUUUCCUGUCAUUAAUCCGACACUAAUCAGUGUUCUUGUCUUGCCUGCGUUAUCCCCGGACUUCUGUCCACUUAUCAAAUGAUUGCCCAGAAAAAUUUCUUUGUUUUCUUGAUUUUUGCCAUCACUUGCUUCGGAUUCUGCAGAAUCACCGCUUUGAAGUUGCCCAAAGAGGAAGCCGAUGCCUUACAGCAAAUCGUUACCACACUGGGCUCAAAGUACUGGAAAUUUGAUGCUGAUGACUGCACCAUCGAAAUGGUGGGGCUAACGCAAGUUCCUCCCCAGGAAGCCGAGCACGAGAUUAUAUGUGAAUGCAGCCCGACAAAUGGCACUGACUGUCAUGUUGUGAAAAUUUCACUCAAAGGGCAUAAUCUUCCGGGAAUGCUUCCUCGUGAAAUCGAUAAGCUUCCCAACCUCCGGGAACUUGAUUUGGCCUACAAUUACCUCAACGGAAGCAUACCACGUGAAUGGGCGUCAACUAAGUUAACUUCGAUUUCUCUUCUUGUGAAUCGUUUGUCAGGAGAAAUCCCGAAAGAGCUGGGAGACGUCACUACAUUGACAUUCUUGAAUCUUGAAGCUAAUGAAAUUUCUGGAACUAUUCCGAAUGAGCUUGGGAACUUAUUCAACUUGCAGACACUGAUGCUCUCCUCCAACAAAUUGACGGGCAACUUACCGAUUUCACUAUCUAGACUACAGAAUCUUACUGAUUUGAGGAUCAACGAUAACCAAUUCCAUGGAAGAAUACCCGGUUUCUUACAGAACUGGAAAAAACUCACAAGACUAGAAAUGGUUGCAUCUGGUCUCGACGGUCCAAUCCCAUCUGUCAUUUCGGUUUUGAACAACCUUCAAGAUCUGAGGAUCGGUGAUAUAAAUGGACCGGACCAACCAUUCCCUGUGUUGAGAAAUGCGACAGGGUUAAUCAGAUUGGUAUUGAGGAACUGUAACAUUGAUGGACAAAUUCCUCCAUAUGUCGGGACUAUGAAAAAUUUGGAGACGUUGGAUUUGACUUUCAACAAGUUGGUUGGGGAGAUACCUUCGUUUGUUCAGGCAGAGCGCGUGAGAUUUAUAUUUCUGACAGGAAAUAUGAUCACAGGAGACGUUCCAGAUGGGUUAUUACGGGAUGGAAUCACUAUUGAUCUCUCGUAUAAUAACCUUACAUGGCAAGGUCCCGAGCAUCAUUCUUGUCAGAAGAACCUGAAUCUGAAUCUUAACUUGUUCGGGAGCUCUUCGAUGAAAAACCCGAGCACUCUUCUUCCCUGCAUCAAAGAUUUCAAGUGUCCUCACUAUUCUAACUGCUUCCAUGUGAAUUGCGGUGGAAAUGACGUGAAAGUGAACGAAAACAAAAAAAGAUAUCUGUACCAAGGAGACGGAGACGUUGAAGGAGGUGUUGCUAAAAAUUAUUUGAAACCCGACGAUUAUUGGGGAUUCAGUAGCACCGGGGACUUCAUGGACGAUAACAAUUACCAAAACACGAGAUUUAUCUCGUUCCUCCCGUCAUCAAACCUGUCUGAACUUUACACCACAGCUCGGAUAGCUCCGGUCUCCCUCACUUACUUCCAUGCUUGCUUAGAAAACGGAAAAUAUACCGUUAAUCUCGAUUUUGCUGAGAUAAAAUUCACCAAUGAUGCAACAUACAACAGCCUCGGGAAGCGGUUUUUCGACAUCUACAUUCAGGGGAACUUAGUGUGGAAGGACUUCAAUAUCGUGAACGAGGCGAAUGGCGCUCAAAAGCCCGUGAUGAAAUCGUUUCCUGUCAAUGUGACUGACCACUUUUUAGCUAUUCGGUUAAGUUGGGACGGUAAAGGAACUACUAGGAUUCCUACAAGAGGGGUUUACGGUCCUCUCAUAUCAGCUAUUUCUGUGGUUUCGGAUUCUAAACAGUGUUCACAUCCCGGGAAGAGUUGGGUAGCGUAUGUCGUAGUGGGAAUCGGAGUUCCGUUUCUUGUUGUCUUUAUACUGGGAAUUCUUUGGUGGAGAGGUUGGCUUCCAAGAUUUUUUCAAAGAAGUAAAGGUCCCCAUGGAGAAGGGUUACCAUCUGGAACUUUCACAUUGAACCAAAUCAAGGCUGCUACAGAUUACUUUGAUACAAAUAACAAGAUCGGGGAAGGCGGUUUCGGUCCGGUGUACAAGGGUGUGUUAUCCGAUGGAAGAGUUGUAGCAGUUAAGCAGCUCUCAUCUAAAUCGAAACAAGGAAACCGAGAAUUUCUUAACGAGAUUGGCACAAUUUCUUGUCUGCAACACCCGAAUCUCGUCAAGCUUCACGGAUUUUGCGUGGAAGGGGAUCAGCUGCUACUGGUGUAUGAAUACAUGGAAAAUAACAGCUUGGCUCGAGCUUUAUUCUGUCCACCGCACAUACAGCUUAAACUGGAUUGGCCUAUGAGGUUUAGGAUCUGUUGCGGGAUAGCGAAAGGUUUGGCCUUUCUCCACGAAGAAUCUCCGUUGAAGUUUGUACACAGAGACAUCAAGGCCACGAACGUGUUAUUGGACAAGGACUUAAACCCGAAAAUAUCGGAUUUCGGUUUGGCUAAGCUCGAUGAAGAGGAGAAGACACACAUCAGUACUAGAGUGGCAGGAACCAUAGGAUAUAUGGCACCGGAAUACGCAUUGUGGGGUUACUUGACAUUCAAAGCCGAUGUCUACAGUUUCGGGAUUUUGGCUCUAGAAAUCGUUGCUGGAAAGAGCAAUAGCAGCUUUGUGCCAACGGGAGAUUGCGUUUGUCUUUUGGAUUGGGCUGGUCACUGUCUCGAAACCGGGGAAUGGAUCCGAGUAGUGGAUGAGAGAUUGAGAUCGGAAAUGAACGGGGAAGAAGCUGAGACCGUAAUAAAAGUGGCCCUCCUCUGCGCAAGCGCUUCUCCGACAGAAAGACCGACAAUGUCCGAGGUCGUCAGCAUGCUCGAAAACCGAGCUCCGGUCCCUGCGACUACGCCUGAAUCGAGCAUGUCUUCUGGAGAUUUGAGGUUUAAGGCGUUAAAGGAUAUGAGGAAAUACAAGGAGAGUAACAGCUCUACGGUUAGCCAUACUCGGAACUCGAACAGUGUUGUUGAAUCUUCUUCUUCCUCUUCUGCAUGCGGACAUGAACUGCUCGAAAUCAGACAGGAGCCCAAGAGUUAAAAAAAACGAGGGGAGAGGUUUAGUUUCUUUUUUUUUUUCUUCCCCUUGAUAUAAUCUCAUCUGAUUCAUGUGUAAAUAGUUCUUGUUGAGUUAAUUUAUAUCUUUUGUUCAUAAAGUUUGUAUUGCAAAUCAAUGGGAUACAUAAUCAAAAUUUUGGUUCAUGCCAAUUUUUUUUUUUU